UGACGUCACACAGAUUUACUUCCUGGACAGUGUUUGUGUUGCUACUUGAUUUUCUUCAGCCUGUCGCGUUUGCGUUUAUCGUCAAAUCUCAAUCAAACGUCGUGAUUUUACUCUCUAUCAUGGUCUAUGUUUGUAUUCCUCUCUGCUGUCCGAACUGACUGCCGUCCGGUCUGGUAUGGAGUCCGCAGCGGUGGAUGAUGAUAUCUGUAUUCUGAAGCACGAGACGGCGUACGGGCCGACGGAGAGCCCCGUGUCUGUGUGUGCCGGUGAUGAAUCUGUGGCGUCUCACUUUGCUCUGGUCACGGCCUAUGAGGACAUCAAGAAGAGACUGAGAGACACGGAGAAAGAGAAUGCACUGCUCAGGAGAAAAGUCAAACACCUGGAAGAUAAACACUUCCGCCCUGAAGCCCCUCCGGCAGAAGGUCCGCAGUACAUGAACAAAGCCUUCAGUGCGUACCGCGGUAUCUAUAUCGAGAAGGAGGACUUACAGGUGGAGCUGAACAAACUGAGGAAAGAGAAAAGCGAGAUGGAGAGAUGUUUGACGGAGCAGUUACAGGCCAGAGAGCUUGAACUACUGCAACUGCGCUCAGAAGUAGAGACCAAUCAAGUUAUGAAGAGUCUGAAUAAUACAGCAGAUUACUGGCGGGUGGAGAGAGACGACAGUCAACUCAUUCACUCACUACACAACCUCUGCAGCUCAACACAGGGUGUGUCUGAAGACUGUAGUGUUCUUCACCAUGACCAGAGCCGUGACGAUGCAGACUCCAGGACUCUGGCCAUUGUGCAGUCUUAUCAUGAUGUGCUCAGUGAAGCGUCACGCUUACACACAGUCGUACGCUCACAGUCAGACCUCAUGAAGAAGUUAAGAGAGAGACACAUGCUGACGGGACUCAGACGAGAUUCGGCCGUUCCCGUGCAGUGUCUGGAUGAUGUGGAGAAGAUUACAGAGGCAGCGAGAGGAUCCCCGUCUCGACCUCCCAGCGCACCUCCUCUGCCCUCGGGAUCAGGGACUCAAGUUGUGGAGGGAGCGCAGGAGAACUGCUUGAAGGACCCUUGGCCGGUACCUCGUCCCGCUCCUCUGGGCAGCCCCGGCGUCCGUCUGGCCCGGCCUCAGCGAAUGGGCUCGCUGGACGACAGCUCAUGGUCAUUUCCCAGUCCGCCGAGACCGAACGACGCGUUAUUCUGGGACAAGAGCUCCGCCGCUGACUGGAGCCAACCGUACUGAUCCACACGGUCCCCGCUGACGCCACACCACACACCUUAACCUGCCUUAACACGUCCCCUCGCCGGAUGAUCAUAUACCUCGAGCGAUCAAGACCGGGACUCACGUCCGGGGACGAAGGUUUCACUUGAGUUAAAGACCAGAGAGGUGGACGUCUGUGUGUGUAUGAAUGUGUGUUUUCCUGCAUUACAUCCACUCCCAUAGCUUUGUGUAAAGAACGCGUGUGUGUGUGCGUGCGUGUGUGCGUGACAUCACUAUAGCCACGUCUCUCUGUGAUCCUAUAAGCUUCUGUUUCAUCUUCUCUAAACUCACAGGAGUGUUCCUGUGAAUGAUGUUUCCAUCGGGUGGAUGACGAAUCUACCCGUCUAAAUUAUUUAAUAAGUGAAUUGUGAUGGAUUGUGUCUUGUAUUAUGAACGUCUAAAGAGAAGUUUAGUAGUCUUGUUUCAUUCUGAAAGAAAUGAUUAGAAAGGUUCUGAUAGCUGUUCAAACCCACCAAACCAAGUCAUUGUUUUAGCCUUUAGAUUUAGUUCACCAGUCGUCAGUAUAUAUUGGCAGCAGGUGUUUAUAAGAGAUUGUCUUUUUUUACUUUUAAGCAGAAUUCCCAUGAUACCUGAAGUGUCAGGAACUUUUAAAUUGUGAUUUUGUUCCAGGCCUGAAAAAGUCAUCCAUCCUACAAACGUAUAGAAAUGUGUUUCUGUGAUAAUAAAUGACGCUCAGCCUGAAUAUAUUUCAUUGUUCUUUGUCUUUAUAAAUCAGUUGCUUUGUUGAUGUUUGGGAACACUGUUUAAAGUCUAAAUGAAAUGCAUUUAACACAUGGUAUUUCUGUAUUGAAGCAUUUUCAGAUUUUAUUCAUCGGUCACUGUUAGAACGGUGAACAUGUCUCUCUGUAUUGGGAUCUGGGUCUGUUUAAAGAUUAAAAAAACAUUGAAGUUCAUUGAAAAUAUAUAUAGGUUCAAUAUUGAUUGACUUGUUUUAAAUGGUUCAAUAUCAAAGAUGAUUUAGAAAUAUAUAGUUGAAUUAAUCCAAUUAAAUGGAUGAAAAUCAAAUAUUAAGGCAAAUGUUUGCAGAUAUAAUAUUUGGAAUCACAACUCCAAUAUAACAUAUUUGAAGAGUUUGGUUCCAGAGAUAAAUUUCAAAAUCAUGUUUUUUAUAAUGUCAUGUUUUUAUUUUGUUAGUUAGCUGUAUUUUUUGUUAUUACUGUUUAAAUCAAAACGACCCAACUGCAGUUUGAUUGAUAUUAAUUGGAAUGCACCAUAAAGAGUUAUCUCAUUUUGGAACCAAACUCUUCAAUUCUAAAUCUGUACAGAGGCUUAUAUUUGUACACAUUCAAAUAUAUAUAUAUAUAUUUCUAAAAUAUAUUUCAUGGCUUGUUCUAAUGGGAUUGUUGCACCACAUCUGGUGUGGACAAAUUUUUAAAUUAUAAUGGGUUCUAAUGCGUUCUAUUGUCUCUUGUCGCAUCGCGCCGCAUCCGGUGUAGACACGGCGUUAAAGAUCACAGACUUUAGUUUAGUUGAUUAAAAAUCAAAACUGAUUUUGUGCAUCAUUUACUGAAUGUGAAUCACAAUGCAAUGUACAAGAGAUCCUAUAAGACUCAGACCUGAAACUUUCUAAAUAAUCAAUAAAGGAAUUCAUGUCAACACUAUUUAUUAUCAAAUGAAAGAAUAAGUUAUUAUAUGAUGACUAGUGUGACAGCAACGCUCACGCACUGUCAGUGUGAUUUUCUUUUCUUUUCUUUUCUUUGUUAAACACAUCACCACAUCAUCUGUCCAAAUCCAUGUGUUCUUGACAAAUAUGUAUUUAUUUAUACGUGUUCAAAUGCAUAUAUUUGUAUGCGUGUUUUAAUUUACAUCCAUAGUUUUCAUCAAAUUUUACUCACUACAUUUUUAAUCUCAUGUUUCGCACAAUUUAAAGCACAAGGUAAAAGUUUUUACAUUUCCUCGCGUCUGUUUCUGCUGAUGAAACCCAAGAAAUUGACAUUAGAAAUGAAUUCUGUGACAAACCACAGCGCCGAUAAAAAAACCAUAUACAUAUAUAUAUUGUAGAACUUUAAAGUCAUUUAUAGACACUUGAUGUAAAUAAACAUUGUUUAAUUCUAUCCACCCGGCUUCU